AUGGAGGGGGAGUCCCCGGGCCGCGGGGAGCAGGCGCUGCAGGAGCUCCAGGCCCUGGUGGAGCUGGUCGGGGGGAAGCCCGAGGUGCUGCUGGUCGGGGAGGUGCUGGAAGCGGGGGAGACCCGGGCGCUGCUGGGGGCUUUUGCCCGGGAGCUCUUCGGGGAGCAGCCCGGGCCCGCGGCGGGCAGCGGGGGGCAGCCCCGGGGGAAGCCGGCUCCCCAGGUCCGGGUGUGCCUCGGCCCCGGCGGCGCGGCCGGCCGGGAGAUCCGCUCCCCGCUCAUCUUCCUGCUCUGCCGGGCCGGCUCCCUGCAGCCGCCGCGGGCCCGGGCCCGGCUGCGGGAGAUCGCGCGGGACCUGCGGAGCCGGCUGCCCCGGGGCCCGCCGGCCGCCCUGGUGGGGGUGAUCGUGCAGCCCGGCCCCGGCCAGGAGGCGGCGGCGGCGCAGCGGCGGCUGGAGGCGCUGCUCUGCGAGGUCUUCCAGGGAGGGCGGCGCGGGGCCGGGCUGCGGGACACGGUGCAAGCGGCCGCCUACAGCCCCGGCCGCCCGGGCGGGACGCUGGAGGUCCGCAGAGCCGCCUGCCGAGCCCUGCGAGCGGCCCUGCAGCACCGAGCAGGUGGGGAGGAGAGAGAGAAGCGGAGAUUCCCCUCCCUCCUGCAGUGCAUCCCCUGGGGCAGGAGGAGCCAGAGAAGAGGCCGUUUGGCUAAAGCUGCCAACAACCUUCAUGAGGGUGGCCUGCAGGACCCCGAGGAGGGAGUGGCUCUGACAGGCAUGUCGCUUAACGGAAACUGUGAAGAAGCAGGCAGAGGCACAGGUGCUUAGAGCUCCUGGAUCGUGUCAAGGAACCACUCUUGCUGAUGUCCUCUUAUAGCAUGAGAACGCUGGGCUGAGUUCACCCAGCUGAUCUCCUGGAAAGGGGACAUGGAAGCCAUCACCCAGUUCUUGGGAAAAGCUGCUACCUUCUGUGUCCGAACCAGAUACCCUUCCUGCUCCCACCCCGCCACUGCUGCAGCAAAACUCAGAGGAGGGUCAUGUUCUACUAUUCGGUAGAGUUAAUUUGUGGAUGCUAAAAUGGACUGUGAGCCUUUAAGAAAUCCCGUUGGAUGCAUUUCACUGAGGGGGGUGUGACAGUGCAGGAAUCCCAGGUAUAAAAUGUGCUCAGCUGCUAAAAGAGAGAGUCGCUCAUUUGAACAACAAAAUUCCCCUCCAAGAGGCCUUCAGGGUUUCUUUGCUGAUGGAGCUAAUCUUCUGCCUUGCCCUCAUGCUUAAUUGCUGUUCUAAAGCUCCAGAUAAUGGCCUCAAUAGAACUUCCAUUUUCUGUUUGCCUCCCUGUUAGGAAACAACAGGCAAGUGGGGUGGGGGAAGCGAUAGAGCUGCAGGGAGGUCACGGUGGGAUGGCUCAUCUCCAUGUACAGGCCUUGGGACAUACUGGCGAGUUGAAGAGGAUUGAAUGCAAUAAUCUAAUGUGAAGAAAGGCUACUGUCAUGCCGUACAACUCACGUGCACAAUGCAGAAGUCACCGAUGAUCACGUCGAUAGGAGAAUGGUCUGAGAGAGCAGUUCAUUCCAUACGGCUAAUCCUGGUGCUAAGUGAGUGAUUUACAGGUUGCUCUGGGGGCAGAGCAACGGACAGUGCUUAUAGCGUUUCCACGUUCUGAUGGGGGUGACAGAUGUCCAGCCACCCCACCCCCCAAUUCCUUAACAGUGGGGUCCCAACAACCACAUGGCUUUCAGGCCCCGAAGACCACGCCUUACAUUCAUCUCUCUUAAAGAUGUGACUUAAUAUAUUGUUUUUAGGAAAUACAAUCUAUAUAUUUAAUAGUUUUCAAAGGUAUUUUUUUAACCUGUCUGGCAACCAGUUGUUUUAAUUAGGCUUUUAUUUACAUGGAAUAUUAAUGGGACACUGGGUAUGUCCGGCUACAACAUAAAGUACGAUUGGGUUUGUCUUGGUUUUCCUUGCUCUCUGUUACAAGUUUUCAUCUGGAUCAGGCUGUUGGCAGGACUGUGUCUCCUCAAUUAUGUCCCAUCUCACUGUCCUCCAGGCUUGCUGGGAGGCUCUUUUAUUUGGGUCAGUCCAUCUACAAUCGUUUUGUCUUCCUGUGUUCUUUGGUUGGCAGAGAAGCAGCUAAUAAGUGAGCACUGUGUAAUCCUAGCUAAUCCAUCUCCUGAUCUGCUGAAAAUUGAUCUUGUUCCUCCUGAGAGAAAUGUGCCUUAGGCAAUCAUUUUCUAUUGUGUAGAGUAGGAGGUGGGCAGUCAGGGUUCUUUACCCAGCUCUGACCAUGGACAAAUAAGUUAAUUUCUCUGUGCUUCAAUUUCCUCAACUGUAAAAUGGGGAUUUUGAUAUUUACCUACCUCACGCAGGAGCUGCAAGGCCUCAUUAGUCUCUGACAAGUGCUGUGAGAUCCUUGGAGGUGCCAGAGAAGGGCAAAGGGCAAUGGGAGAACAAGAGCGUACUAUAGUCUACAUAUUCAUGGAUUUCCCUUCUGGGGUCUCCCAAUGGUGCUGCAGUGAUGUUUCUGCUGUAUGAAAGCAGCUCGCUGCAUCUGUGGUGAUUCAGUGGCUGCUGAGCAGUGGAAAAGAGCAUUAGGUGUCAGGGCGGGGCGGAGUGGGAGUGACAGAGUAGCUGGGUAAAUGGGGAAACGUUUUCUCUGAUCCUCGAGUGGUGUUUGGUGGAAUUUUAUGUUGUAAUUCAGGUCACUUCAGAACUUUGCUGCUGGGAGUCUUUGUGGCUCAUGACUUAGGCCUUGUGUGUGUUGGUUGAGUAUACCUAAGGUGAGAAUUUAAUCCCAGUAUAACUCUCUCUGUGGACACUCUUAUUCUGGUAUGAGAGUGCCUUUUAUUUAAAUUUAGCUUAUAUCACUUGGGAAGGGGUUUAAGCUAAACUGAAAAAAGCCAUUCUUAUUUUAGUAUGUGUGUCCACGCCUGGAGUUAUACCUGUGUAAAACUUUCCUGUGUAGACAAGGCUUUAGACAGAACCUAGAAGGUAGAUAAUACAGUAGAACCUCAGAGUUACGAACUGACUGGUCAACCGCACACCACAUUUGGAACCGGAAUUACACAAUCAGGCAGCAGCAGAGACAUAAAAACCCAAAUACAGUACAGUACUGUGUUAAAAGUAAAUUACUAAAAAAAUAAAGGGGAAGUUUUAAAAAAAGAUUUGAUGAGGUAAAGAAACUUUUUCUGUGCUAGUUUCAUUUAAAUUAAGAUGGUUAAAAGCAGCAUUUUUCUUCUGUGUAGUAAAGUUUCAAAGCUGUAUUAAAUCAAUAUGCAGUUGUAAACUUUUGAAAGCACCAUAAAGUUUUGUUCAGAGUUACGGAUAUUUCAGAGUUACGAACAACCUCCAUUCCCAAGGUUGUAAAGUCACAGCAUAUAUGAGUCUAUAUAGAGAGGACCAACGCCACCCUGCUUCCAGAUCACGGGGUAUUCUGUACAUUAAAUUUGCUUUGAGGGAACAUGGUUACAAGCAAAUUGAAAAUACAAAUAUAAUAAUGUGAUUUAGUCAAGUCAUUUCUUGUGGGUGGCUGCGUAUGUGAUGCUGGAUUUCAGCACUGAGUGGGAAACAGUUGAUCAGUUACUUGAAGUGAAUCUUGGCUAAUGCGCUAUCUUCUAGCAGAGCUCCUCUGGGGAGCUGUGCAGGGAGAUAGAGGGCCUGUCUACGCUACAAUAUUAAGUCGACUUAUGUUAAGUUGACGUCUAGCCACUGCAGUAAUUAAAGCAGUGGUUCACAUCCACACUUGCUCCUUCUGUCAGUGGGGCGCGUCCUCACCAGGAGUGCUUCCGCCGACUGAAGUGGGGCAUUGUGAGACACUGACAGCUGGAGCCUGGUAGCCCUGGGGUUCACAGCUGUGCCCACUCCCCCUUGCCCCCGCUGACAGCCAGAGCUGUCAGCCGUGCACGGGCUCACAGUCCAAAGGCAAUGUAAGUAACAGUGUCUACACGGACACUGCGUCACCCUAACUACAUCAACAUAUGCGCCACACCUCUCGUAGUUAUGUCGGUGUAGACGGCCACUUACUUCGACAGAAGUAGCAUUCUAGUGUGCACACUGACAUAAUUAGGUCGAUGUAAGCUGCCUUAGGUUGACCAUAACUGUAAUGUAAACCAGGCCUGAGUCUUACGUAUUUAUGUCUCUCUUUGUUCGUCUCUAAAUUAAGAGCAGGUCACUUAUUCAAACUCUUCAUACUAAUUUAAAUGUUUACUCCCAUAACAGUGCUGACAGUGUUAUGCAAAUCUUUGUAAUCUGUUAAGGCCUGAUGAAUUAACCAUUUAAAAUAUCCCCGUAGAGACCAACACAAUGUAUAUGGACUUGGGGCCAAAUUCUGCUCCAGAUUUACACGUGUAGUGACUUUGAUUCCAUUGACUUCAAUAUUCUAGAUUUAUAUGGAAGUAAACGGGCGCGGAGCUGGCCCCAUGUAUCUUCCACUGGACAUUGCUCUUCAAGAAGGAAAGUGACUUGGAUGUUUGUUUGUUUUUAAACAGGUUAACUGGCCUUUUAUAGGUGAAGCAGAUAUUUUAUGUAUUAUUUAAUUGGGGGACUAAUUUUGGGACAUUGUUACCUUAGAUACUUGAUCUGAGAAAUAAAUAAACAGAUUUAAAUCCUA